GGGGAUUCAUUUUUUUUUCUUCUUAUUUUGUGUGAUUAUAAUCCCCUUUUCAGAGAACUUCAACGAACUCCAAAAAUUGCUCUAGCAAUUUGCUUCUUUAUCAUAAAUUAUCCCUAGUUCGAACUCCAUUUACUAAUUUUCGAGAUCAAACGUAGAUUUUUUGGCUUUAGUCGGCGCAUACACGCCGACUAUGGCCUUAUUCUCUUCUUCUGAAACCACAAUAUUCAACAAAUACGAGCUAGGAAAACUCCUAGGAUGUGGCGCAUUUGCCAAAGUGUACCACGCUAGGGACAUCAAAGAUGGCCGUAGCGUGGCGAUUAAAAUUAUUAACAAAACAAGAGUUAGUAACGCGAUUUUAAUGGCGAAUAUCAAACGUGAGAUCUCAAUUAUGAGACUUCUACGACACCCACAUAUCGUCAAACUUGACGAAGUGUUGGCUACCAAGACGAAGAUCUACUUCGUCAUGGAAUUUGUUAAAGGAGGCGAAUUGUUCGCCAAAAUUGCUAAAUCUGGAAAAUUUUCCGAAGAUCAAAGUCGGAAAAUUUUCCAGCAACUCAUUUCUGCUGUUCGUUAUUGUCAUUCUCGAGGUGUGUACCAUCGUGAUUUGAAGCCAGAAAAUUUACUUAUUGAUGAAAAUGGUGAUUUGAAAGUUUCUGAUUUUGGGCUAAGUGCGUUAACGGAACAAGUACAACAAGAUGGGUUGUUACACACGCUUUGUGGGACCCCAUCUUACGUGGCACCAGAUGUUUUAACAAAAAAAGGAUAUGAUGGAGCUAAGGCGGACAUUUGGACAUGUGGAAUCAUCUUGUUUGUGUUAAAUGCUGGAUAUUUGCCAUUUCAUGAUUCAAAUCUUAUGGGGAUGUACCAUAAGAUUAUCAAUGGAGAAUACAAGUGUCCAAAAUGGAUGUCAUCCGAGUUAAAACGAUUUUUACGUAGACUUCUUGAUACAAAUCCAAUGACAAGAAUAACCAUUGAAGAAAUCAUGAAUGAUCCUUGGUUUAAGAAAGGCUUGAAACGCGUUAAAUUCUGUGAGGAGGACGGUAAGCCUCAUAGACGAAUUCAGAAUUCAGAUUCGAUAGGUCAAGAUGAGCCUAGCGCGGAAAUAGAAGAGGUCAAGGAGGGAGAUGACAAGAACAAGAAUUCUUAUUUGAAUGCUUUUGAUAUAAUUUCAUUCUCUAUGGGAUUAGACCUCUCAGGAUUGUUAAAUGACGGUUUUAACCCUUUAGAGGAUUUCGAACGAUUAGUUGUUGAAGGGUCAUUGGAGAUAGUAAUGGAGAAGGUAGAAGAAAUGGCAAAGAAGGAGAAUAUGAGGUUAAAGAAGAAAAAAGAAUGGGGAAUAGAGUUGAAGAAAGGUAAAUUGAUUAUGAACAUGGAAAUUUACAAAGUGAUAGAUGGGUUUGUUGUUGUUGAGGUUCGUCGAAAAGUCGGUGAUAUUGAUAUGUAUAAAGAAAUACUGAAGAAUAACAUGAAGCCAGUAAUUCUCGGCCAACAGCCAAUGGAAGUACUGAUUUCGACAGAGGUGGAUCCAUAAUUUAGAGUCAAUAGAUUCAUAAUUGUCUUUGAUCACAAGUGAGUGUGCUUUGUAUAUAAUAAA